AUGAUCGAACUUGGGCUUACUUCUGCAAUAGCAUCGGCGCCGCUGCCCAAAGCGACGUGGGCUAAAUCGCAGCAGCUGAGCGCAGCCCCAUGCGCGCAGCCCGUCAAACUAUCGCCCUCGUCUGUGGCCUUGUCGCAUUUGCUACAACAACGGAGCAGAACACGAGAUGUAGGGGAGGAGUUCGAGGACGACUGGCCUUUGAGCUGCUUGCAGGCUGGCUCGUGCUCUGAUGCAAGUGAGAAUACGCCCAAUACAAGCCCUAAUGCUCCCUCAACAGAGCCCGAACCGUAUCACCGCGUACGUUUCAUGCCCAUUGGGACCGCUCAAGAAUCGCUGCAGUCUCUGCCGGCGUCAAACGGAUCCAAAACUAGGAAGAACACCGGUUCCAAGCGCCGUAAAGCAGCCAGGCGCGCGCUGAAUCAAAUCUUGCCCGGUCCUCUUCCUCCCCUCAAGUCCGUCCAUCAAAGGCGCCAGCGGGCCGCCAGCAGUGUCAUGGUGGACCUCAACACCACAUUCUUACCCAUAUCCAGUCCUGCAUGGCAGGGUUUCCCAGACCACUUGAAACGACCGCCGGCGCCCACGCCAUUCAGACCGCCCGUCUUCGAAACUUCAACGCAGCCGACGCCCACGGUGUCUGGCAUGGCGGAAGGAAACUUUGUUCCAUCUCAGAGCGAAGUGGACAAGAUGGUUGGCGAGCAAGGAUUCACCUACAUCAACUGGGCCGGAAAAGCGCGUGUAGACGUCGUGGACUCUGAAGGUCGCAUCUUUCUUUCCUUGGCGGGAAAGCCGAGGGAUCUUGCUGGCUACGCAAUCGCCACCGAAGCUGCCGCCAAACUUCUGCUUGAGGAGCUUGAGAAGUGCCGUUUCAGCACACAGGACAUUCAUCAUCGCCGUGCAGGUCCAGAGGGAUAUGCAACUAUCACCGCUGGCAUUUCGUACGGUGGAGGGCGAAAGCAGCCCGGAAAUGUGGUGCAUGGCAAGGCUGCCCAUGCCAACGCUGCCGAGCGCCUCAAGGAGAGCCCCCACAUCAAGAGAAUCGUUGGUUUCACGAACGGUGCGCAAAUCUAUUGCCCAAAAGGUCCUGGUCUCACUAAGGCACCAGACGCCUUUCGUGUAACAGCACCAGAGCUUUGGUUCUACUAUUGGCUCAACAUGACGAGCUUGCUCCAGUGGGGCGCGUCAUUCCUUCUCUGGGCGUUUGCAAGGAGCGUCUUUGCUGCUUGCACUUUUAACCUUGGGCCACGGGCGGUGACUUGCGACCAUCUCGACUAUGCCAACCUUGUAUGGGGAUGGUGUGUCGUCACAGCGCUGGGAUGGUUUGAUGCAGAUCGAGGGGGACAUCUAAUUCUGCGGGAUCUCAAGCUAAUCAUCCGAUUCCCAGCAGGUUCAAGCAUAUUCUUACCCUCAGCGCUUCUCAAGCACUCGAAUGCACCCGUGCAACCCACCGAGAAGCGCCUCUCGUUUACACAGUACACAGCUGGCGGGCUAUUUCGAUGGGUUCAGAACGGGUUUCAAGGAGAUGGGAAACUAAGCAUGUCUGCCCAUGAAAAAGCGACUCGAAAGCAUCAAGCAGAGGAGAGAUGGAGAUUCGGUUUGUCAAUGUUUCCAGUGUAUAGUUACUAA